AUGGCAGGACAAGCCACGAAGAAGUCAAACAAGUCAGCUAAGGCCAAAGGCGCCGGUUCGGUGAUCACCGACCCUCGUUUUGCUAGCAUUCAAACGGAUCCUCGCUACCGUCUUCCAAGCAAGCGCCAGACUCACGUUAAACUCGACAAGCGCUUUGCACAUGUUCUUGACGACAAGGACUUUUCUCGCAAUGCUGCUGUUGAUCGAUAUGGGCGCAAACUGGCUCGCGACGACACAAAGCAGCAGUUGAAGAAGUUCUACCGCCUUGACGAAGACGAGGAUGAGGAUGAGGACCAGAGCAACAUCAGUGCGGAUGACGAUGAAGAAGUGCAGAAGGAACUGAAACGUGUUGAGGAACGUCCAUAUGAUCCCGCUCGCGACGGUGGAUUUUCUUCCUCAUCUUCUGAAGAAGAUAGUUCAAGUGAGGAAGAAGAGGAAGAGGAAGAAUUGGAGGAUGAAGACGAGGAAGUCGAAUUUCCUGACAGGCAGCAGUCCAAUAUACCGCUCGGAGAGGUCACAAAGCGGAUAGCGGUCGUGAACCUGGACUGGGAUAAUAUUCGUUCUGAAGACUUGAUGGCUGUUUUCUCGAGUUUCUUGCCCACCGGAAAUCGUGUCGAGAAUGUAUCAAUUUACCCUAGCGAAUUCGGAAAAGAGCGCAUGGAGAAAGAAGAGAUCGAAGGGCCGCCUAAAGAGAUUUUCGCAUCCAAAACAGAAGAAGAAGCGAGUGAAGAAGAGGAGGAAUUCGAUUCCGAUGAAGAAGAGGAAGAGAUCAAAAAAUCCAUGCUCAAGGCCGACGAAGGAGAAGAGUUCAACUCUACGCAAUUGCGGCAAUACCAGCUCGAACGCCUACGCUACUUCUACGCGAUUCUCACCUUCUCUUCUAAAGACUCUGCCAAACACGUCUACGAUCUUGUGGAUGGGGCGGAGUACUUGUCCAGCGCGAAUUUUUUCGAUCUUCGUUUCGUUCCCGAUGAUACUGAUUUCUCCGACGACAAGCCUCGUGACGAGUGUUCUCGUAUUCCCGACGGAUACAAGCCCAGUGAAUUCGUCACGGACGCCCUUCAGCACAGCAAAGUCAAAUUGACUUGGGAUGCUGAUGACAAGUCUCGCAAGGAAGCCCAGGCUCGCGCGUUCCGAGGCUCUCGGAAAGAUAUUGAUGAGAAUGACCUCAAGGCUUAUCUCGGAAGUGACAGCUCCGAAAGCGAGGAUGAUGAAGACGGAGGCGUUGAGGUUGUUGAUAGUACCGCCGGCGAAGGCGCAAGCACCAAGAUGUCGAAGAGAGACGCCGAAAGACAGCGUAUGCGAGCAUUACUGGGCCUAAGCACGGAGCCGACUCGCUCUUCCAAGUCGGAAGGUCCAGUUGGCGAGAUGGAAGUUACUUUCACAUCAGGUCUUGCUGGGGGCCACGGAAAGGAUACUAUCUUCGAGAACGAGCCCGAAAUCGAGGAGAGCACUAUGGAGAGAUAUGUGCGAAAGGAGCGCGAACGCAAGAAACGGCGAAAGGAGAGACAGAAGGCGGCCAAGGCUGCAGAACUGGGUGAAACACUAGCCGAAGAAACCAACAACGCAGAAGAUGUUACAGCCGAGGCGGCACAAGAAGCAGAUGAAGAUUUGGGCUUCAACGACCCAUUCUUCGACGACCCAGGUAGCAAGGCUACCUCUGCGUCCCGCCGCAAGGAGGAGAAGCGCAAGAAGCGCGAGGAGCGUGCUACCCAGGAAGCUGCCUCCGCAGCUCAACGAGCCGAGCUUGAACUCUUGAUGAUGGAUGACGAGAAAGCCGCAAUCAAGCACUUUGACAUGAACGAAAUCGAAAAGGCAGAAAAGCAGGCCCGACGAAAGAAGGGCAAGGGCAAGGGCAAGGGUAAAUCUAAGGAAGUCCCCGUCACAGAUGACUUCAACGUGGAUGUUAGCGAUCCUCGUUUUGCUCGCCUGUUUGAGAGCCACGAGUUUGCCAUCGAUCCCACCAAUCCCCGCUUCAAGUCAACUUCCGGCAUGAAGGCCCUGCUCGAUGAGGGUCGUAAACGUCGGCGCACUCGAGAUGACGGUGAGCCCGAGACGGUACCGGACAGUUGGGACCGCUCGAAGAAGCAGAAGAAGGCCUCCAAGGACCCUGGAUCGGAGGAUUUGAAGCGAUUGGUCGAUAAGGUGAAACGACAAUCGAAAGCAUGA